AUGGAGGGCCCAAGUGAGAGCGAAGGUGCAAUCCUGAAGCCUGGAGCCCUCAUCAACAAGGUGCUGAAGAAGGAGCCAACGAAGGAGACAUGGGGCAAGUGGACCGCAGCGGAGAGGGCGCAAGCCGUGGAGAAGUCCUUCGAAGAGUUCAUCAGCGGUCCAGAUGAACAUGUGAAGCCGGUACCUGACUUCCCCGACGACAAGGAGCAGGAGGUGCCUGCCAAGGUGCUGAAGAUGAUGCCAAAGGCCCGACCCUGGCAGCAGGGGCCAGAGGUGGAGGCAUCGCUCAUCCCUGGAAGGCCCAAGCCUUUGUACAAAGGCUCAGCAGCUGGCGGCUUUGGAGCAGCUGCGUCGAGUUCAGGUUCAGCGGAAGCGUGGUUGAGCAGCUGUGGAGACGGUGGAGAUGGAGAUGGAGAUGGCUGGAUGACGACAGAGUGGACGUCAUGGAGGAGCGAUGAGUGGAAGAGCUCUGAUGACUGGAAGAGCUCUGAUGGCUGGAAGAGCUCUGAGUGGAAGAGCUCUGAUGACUGGAAGAGCUCUGAAUGGAAGAGCCAUCAGGAGAUCGACACCUCGACUACCUGCCCCAACGAGUCAGAAGCACAUCCCAACGAUGAAGUGUAUGUGCCACCUCCGCAUGGAAAACGAGGACAAGAAGGGUGGUACGUCCAUGGUGGAUUUGUGACAGCCGACGGCAUCUUCCAUGGGUACAACGAGGGACGGACACGUCCACGCCAGCGCGCCGGCCGCUGGAUUCAGAACGAACGAGCUAUGCGAGAUGCGAUCCGCGGCUUCACGAACAUGAGUGAAGCCCAGCUGUACUUCAUGGGAAAGGGAAAGCGCUGGUGA